GGGUCACCAGGCAUCAGGUCAUUUGGCUCGACAGCGGGCACCGCGUCAUCUGGCAAGGCAGUGGGCUCCGAGUCAACAGGCACGACAGUGGGCACCGGGUCAUCAGGUACCGGAUUGUCUGGCUCGACAGCGGGCAUCGGGUCACCAGGUAUGACAGCGGGCAUCGGGUCACCAGGCAUCAGGUCAUUUGGCUCGACAGCGGGCACCGCGUCAUCUGGCAAGGCAGUGGCCUCCGAGUCAACUGGUAUGACCGCGGGCACUGGGUCAGACAUUGGAUCGUCUGACUGGACAGCGGGCAUCGGGUCACCAGGCAUCAGGUCAUUUGGCUUGACAGCGGGCACCGCGUCAUCUGGCAAGGCAGUGGGCUCCGAGUCAACAGGCACGACAGUGGGCACCGGGUCAUCAGCUACCGGAUUGUCUGGCUCGACAGCGGGCAUCGGGUCACCAGGCAUCAGGUCAUUUGGCUCGCCAGCGGGCACCGUGUCAUCUGGCAAGACAGUGGGCACCGAGUCACCAGGUACGACAGCGGGCUCUGAGUCAAUUGGCACGACAGCGGGCACCGGAUCAGGUACCGGAUCAUCUGGAUCAACAGCGGGCAUCGAGUCAACUGGC